CAAACAUCCAAGAGGAGAUAGAGCGGGUCAUCGGGAGGAACCGCAGCCCCUCCUAUGAGGACCGGAAUCAGAUGCCCUACACAGAAGCCUUCAUCAGUGAGAUCCAGCGGUUUCUAGACAUCUCACCAGUGGCAGCUCCUCAUAUGGUCACCCAGGAAGCACAUUUCCGAGGGUUCACCAUUCCCAAG